CCCGGCCCAGACAUACCCCCAACCUGCCGAGACUACGCGCUGGGCCCCAUAUCCGAGAAUUUCCUUCACCAAGAAAACAAGAAAAAUAUCCGGGAAAUCUGGAGUCAUCGUCGUGUCGCGUGCCGGCCGCGCUUCCCUUCCCUUCUCCGUGCUGUGCCGCCCACACGACUCUCUCCUCUCUCCUCUCUCGCACCGACGAACGGAGCCAGCCAAGCGAGCAAGCAGCUCCCCGACGACUCAGCCGGCGAGGAUGGAAAUGUUGUUCAGCACCUUUCUCGGUGAUUCAGCAUCUUCAGAGAACUUUUUUGGUCAUCCGGAUGUUGAGAGGUGCCCAUUCCUGAAGAACAUCGAUGGAGCUACAACUUUUUCAUUUUCUUCUGCUUUGCCAGUAGCGGCCCGAGGAGGCAAGGGUCCAAUCUUUGAGGAUGGACCUGGCUUUGAAUCAGCAUUCAAGCUUUUCCAUGGAAAGGAUGGGAUAGUCCCCCUCUCAGGAAGAUCAUAUGUGCCCGAUGAGAACCGCAGUGAGGGCGUUGAUGUCCAGCCUGAACCUGCUCUGCCAUUUAAUCCGUUGGCUGCUAGAGCUGCUACAAUAAGUCUGUCAGCGUUUGGUCCAUUCGGUUUUAACUUCUUCAAUGGCAAGGGCAAAAAGCAGAACAAGAAGCCCAACAAUCUUGACCAGUCUCAGAAGAAGCCCAACAACCCGGAUAAAAAUUUGAAGAAAGGAGGCAACCCACCGUCACACGAGGCAUUGAGCGACGAAUGGCUAGAAAAUGGUCAGUGUCCACUUGCCAGGUCUUAUCGGGCAAUGAGUGGUGUUUUGCCCCUUGUUGCCAAGGCCUUACAGCCACCGGCUGGUAUGAAGAUCAAGUGCCCGCCUGCUAUUGUUGCUGCUCGGGCAGCCCUUGCACGCACAGCUCUUGUGAAGUCCCUCCGUCCCCAGCCCCUGCCUGCAAAGAUGGUAGCCAUCGCAAUGCUCGGAAUGGCAGCAAACAUCCCUCUAGGGGUGUGGCGUGAGCACACCAAGAAAUUCUCCCCUCAGUGGUUUGCAGCCGUCCAUGCUGCCGUUCCAUUCAUCGCAAUGCUGAGGAAGUCUGUCAACAUGCCCAGGACCGCGAUGGCAUUCACCAUAGCAGCCUCCAUCGUCGGCCAGACUAUCGGGUCGAGGGCCGAGCGCAUCCGCCUGAAGGCUCUGGCUGCAAAGAGCACCGCCGAUCCCACCGCCACAAACACCACUAUGUAUCCGAACAAGAACGGCAACUGCAGCGAUGCUGAGGGCAAGGCAUGGGAUCCUCUCGCGCUGAAGAUGGCUGGCUCUGCUUCUACCGGCGCUCCGGCACCAACGCCUAGCAUGUGCUUCUAACUGCACCGGGCACUGCGGCUAUACAAAACUAUUUCACCUAUUUAACCGUGUAUUUAAUUUGCCUUGUAUUAGUUUGCCUUGCCUAUACAAACCGGGUGUUUGACAGUUUGGAGCGAGACAAGUGGAAUAAGGUGCUAUAAUAAUAGUACCAUGUCUUGUUACCCUGUGAAUGGUUUCCAGUCAGUUAAUGCAUCUGUAAUUGAUGCUGUAUCACAACAAUUAUAUUAUGUGUUUGUCCUUUGAAAAAUAUGUUAUAAUCGUGUUUGAAACUC